CAAAGACACAGCUGGGAUCUGGGAACAUCCCCUCAGGAAGAGGCAGGAAGACACGGUUACGGAUUGCGAUGCUUCCGCUUCACCUCUACGCUUCCGGCUGCAGAUCAGGCUGUGCCAGAUAGAACCACGUGCCGCGUGCCCAGACAGCGCUGGCAUGAGGCCCCCAGUCCUGCUCGCCACCCUCCUCUGGCUCCAGGGCUUUUUGGCCGAGAAAGAUGAAUGCCAUUCCCGGGAGGGGAGCCCAGCCGAGGGGGGUGCAGGCCCACCCCCAGAAGUGAACAUCAGCAGCCAGGGGAGGCCGCCUAGCCUCUUUGUGAGCUGGACAGCCCCGGAGCCUGGCGGGCAGGCCCACGUCCUCCGUCUCACGCGUCUGAGUCCCCUCGGCUCUCCCGAAGGCCCACAGCGCGAGGCUCACACCAACGCGUCCAGCUUUGAGUUCCAGGACCUGGUGCCAGGGAGUCGCUACCAGCUGGAGGUGACGGCGCUGCGUCCCUGUGGGCAGAAUGUCACUGUCACCCUGGCUGCCCGCACCGGCCCGUCGCCGGUGCUUGGGCUGCGGCUCCACAGCCCUGGGAGCCCAUUCCGCCUGGAGGCCUCCUGGGGUGCAGCCCCUGGGGAGCAGGACAGCUACCACCUCCUCCUGUGCCACCUGGAGUCCCGCACCGUGGCUCACAACGUCUCCACGUCCCCAGAAGCCCUGGCCUACAACUUUAGUGACCUCUUGCCAGGUAGCGAGUACCUCUUGGAGGUUACCACCUGGGCUGGCACCCUCCAAGCAAAGACCAACAUUCACCAGUGGACAGCCCCCAUGCCCCCGGAUCACCUGGUGCUGCGUGCCCUGGGCACCGCUGCCCUGCAAGCUUCCUGGAACGGCUCCCAGGGGGCUGCCUGGCUGCACCUGCUGCUCACAGACCUCCAAGGAGGCACCAACCUGACUGCAGUGGUCGCACGGGGCGUCUCCACUCACACCUUCCUCCACCUCUCGCCCGGCACCUGCUAUGAGCUGACACUGAGUGCUGCCGCCGGGCUCCAGCGGGCAGCGGGGCCCAAUGCCACCGAGUGGACCUCCCCUCUUGCCCCACUUCUGGUGCACGUGACCAGCGAAGGCCCCAGCCAGCUCCGGGCGGCCUGGGCCCAUGCGGCCGGGGGCCGGGACAGUUACCAGGUGACCCUGUACCAGGCGGGUGCCCGGGUGGGCACCAGAGCCUUGGGGGCCGAGGUGAACAGCACAAACUUCUGGGCUCUGACCCCGGGCACGAAGUACGAGGUGGAGAUUGUCUCGUGGGCCGGGCCCCUGCGCGCUGCGGCCGCCAAUGUCUCGGGCUGGACUUCCCCGCUCACACCCAGGGAGUUGUUGGUGUCCAUGCAGGCGGGCAGCGCCGUAGUCAACCUGGCCUGGGCCAGCGGCCCCUUGGGGCGGGGGGCGUGCCACGCCCAGCUCUCCGAGGCCGGGCGCCCCUCCUGGGAUCAGCCUCUGGCGCUCGGCCAAGGCCUCCUGGUGCUGAAGGGCCUCACGCCGGGACGCAGCCUCUCCCUGUCCGUGCUGUGCCAGGCGGGGCCGCUCCAGGCAUCCACUCACCCCGUGGUGCUGCCAGUUGAGCCGGGCCCUGUGGAGGACGUGCAGUGCCAGGCCCAUGCCACCCACCUCGUCCUGAACUGGACACUGCCCACCGGGGACGUGAGCGCCUGUCUGGUCCUGGCAGAGCGGCUGGCUGCAGGAGGCCACGCCCACCCCGUGUUCCAGGCCAACACCUCCAGGGACACUCUCUUGCUACCCGACCUCGUGCCUGCCUCAUCUUACCGCCUUAGCCUCACCGUGCUGGGCAGGAAUGGCCUGCAGAGCCGGACAGUCACCCUGGUGUGCACCACUUCUGCCGAGGACUGGCAUCCUCCUGCGUUGGUUGCCGCCCCCCAGCUGGAGCCCGAGGCAGGGAUGGGGGUGGUGAUCACGCCAGGCAUGUUUGGCAAGGAGGAUGGGCAGAUCCAGUGGUACGGCGUUGUCGCCACCACCAACAUGUCACUGGCUCAGCCUUCCCGGAAAGCCAUCAACCGCACGUGGUACGACCAUUACUACGGAGGAUGCGACUCCUACCUGGCCAUCCUGCUUCCCAACCCCUUCUACCCGGGCCCCUGGGCUGUGCCAAAGUCCUGGACAGUGUCCAUGGGUGCAGAUGACUGUGGCCACACCCAGGACAUAUGUAAUGGGCAGCUCAAGCCGGGUGCCCAGUACAG